GCUGCUGGUCGACGGGCUAGGAGGGAUGGUUCUAAGAAUCGACGACGCCUCGCUGCCCCCGUCUCACUCGUACCUCCCACUGGUACGGCUGCAGGGUGCUCUGAAGGUACCACAGAAGGUGCCGUCUUCUCUCCCCCUGGUUGUGUUGCCGCUGUCGCGGGAGUGGUGGGUGCUGCUGCUGCUGGUUCGCUCCUGUAAGAAGCAAGUGAUAGCCUCUUCAGUUAGUAGUACGAAGUGUGCGCAGGUCAAACGAGGACACUAA